AUGCCGCUGAGGAAUGUCACGGGUACCACCGCCUCAAGUGGCCCGACGGCUGCCCGCAGCCGAGCCUUGAAAGGGCGCGAGACGGGGCGCGGCGCCCACCAUGAGGGACAGGAGGAAAAGGAAGAGCGUGGGGAUGCCAAGGGCGCUUUUCAAAAUAGAAAAAAGUGUUCUGGUUUGCGCGUUAUGUCCCGAGGGUCGCUAAGGCAGACCGAUGACAACAUAACCGCUAGGUGCCCUAACCCCUCCGUUUCCUUGCGAAAUCCUUAUGGGAGAAAGGUGUCCCCGUUAAUUGCGACAAACAGAGGCUGUAGGACAACCGUGUUCUGUAACCAGCACCGCUAUGCCAUGAUAUAUGAGUUGUGCGCAUUUGAAAUGGAGCAGCGGAUGGAAUUGUGGAAAACGUUUGUCCUGGAGCUUUACGUACUUAGCCUCGACCAGCAGUUGGUACGAUGGCGCCUUUGGAAGGAAAAUGUGUACAGUCCAGCGGCUGUAUUCACUGCGGCAGAGAAGAUUGUUGCAACCAUUCUUGGUAAUAUUCUGGACACUGACCUCUAUACAACUGUCGCGGGCUACUUGUCACUUAGCGCUGAGAGUACACAUUGCGCAAUAGAAAAAAUAUCCUGGCCGGGUUUGCGAAUUGCGGUGCGCCCGUGGAGGAGGCAACACGAAGGGAAAACCUCUGCUGUCCCUGUCCCUGACUUAGGCACUGGUGUUUCUAGAAACAAAAACGGCAACACACCCAUCAAGCCACCUACGCCUUGCUCUCUGAGUCGAAGCGAGCUUGGGCGAGUCAAUGCCGCGUUGCGCAUACAUUCCAUUGAAUACGCCGUCUUACAACUCCGAUAUAAACUAUGGGAGGAGGUUUUGUUCUCAUAUCGGCCAGUAUUAAGGGACAGUACGGGUGCACCCAUGCAUAGUUCAUGUAGCAACUCUGCUGUCACAAGCGGUUGGAGCCACGGAGCCUACUGCCGAUGGAGUGCGUUUCUCGUGGGAUUAUGCUCCGUGAGAUGCGGUCCAAGUAUCAGAGGGAUGAAUUUUUCCUCCACAUUUCACUUUGAUUUAGUGCAGGAGACCUCCGUUGGCUCCAUACUUUCAAGAUCUCAUGGAAAUGUUGUAGGUGCGCAACUCCGACAAAGACGUAUUCCUCCAAGGUUCACGAGCCGCAGCAGGCCCGACAGUGCCGUGAGCAGCCUCGCCGGGGACACUCCGAGUAACACGCGGAACUUCUCGGACGAUGAUAACACGCUCUCAGUGGGUAGUGACACCGUCGAAGAUGACGUGGGCCCCGGCAGGGACGCCUCGCUCACCUACCACUCCUUUUAUGGGAACGGCGAUCAGGCGAUAAGCGCCGCUACGCCACAUGUGAGCGUCACUGGCUCACUGACUGCCCCGCUUCCCAUUUUGCAUGCGCGAGAUAUUUUUGAAUUGGAAGACGCCACUGAGGCGGAAUCAGGAAUUCUCCCAAGUUGCUACCCAAUGUGUUUUGCCAACCUCAAAAGCGGUAUAUCUCUACCUGUCUCCUUGGAGCAUCUUCAACGCUGCGAAAUUACGAUGUGUGAGAUGCUAGAAUUUGGUCAUAUCUUGCGCUCUAAUGAACUGGAAUUUGCGUGGAGCACUGAACCCGUCACGUCACUCAUGUCAUAUGAACCGGGCAUAGGACAAAUACAGUGGAAGCGUAUACGCAAUAUGCUUCUCCAGAUGAUGGAGGAAAAAUGUAUAAUGCUUGUGCGUUACAAGAACGAGGUUCGGUUGUUGCAACUCUAUCUGGAAUACUUGGGGAUAGUGGCCGUGAUGGAGCGAAGCGCCAUGAAUUUCUUUGUUUUUUUCCGCGACGAGUUUGACAAUGGCCCCGUUUUGUGCUCCUCGCCGAUGCAAUCUAUGCAUUCCUAA